CCUUCAAUCCUUUCUCGCACUUCAACUCUCUCUCUCCUCUCCUAUACCUCCAAAAAAAAAAAUGAUGCUCGGAGAACGGACCCGACUCGCUCCCACCCUCAAGGUCGCUCCAUGGGAUCCAUUCGACGACCCCAACACCCUCGGCUCUCCUUUCUCCGUUUGCAGCCCUUCUGCCAAUGCCGGCUUCCUCGACUCUCUCUCGGCCCUCCACCGCUACCUGCCGUCGAACGCUUCCGACUCACUGAGCGACGACCCGGACAUGCCUUCUCUCGUCUCCUGCGACCAGUUCCGCAUGUUCGAGUUCAAGGUUAGGCGCUGCGCACGUGGCAGGUCACAUGACUGGACCGAGUGCCCGUAUGCUCAUCCGGGCGAGAAGGCCCGCCGCCGCGACCCGAGGAAGUACCACUACUCGGGUUCGGCCUGCCCCGACUUCCGCAAGGGCAGUUGCGCUAAAGGCGACUCGUGCGAGUUCGCUCACGGCGUUUUCGAGUGCUGGCUACAUCCGGCGAGGUAUCGGACUCAGCCAUGCAAGGACGGGCUGGGCUGUCACCGCCGGGUCUGCUUCUUCGCCCACACGCCCGAACAGCUUCGGGUCCUGCCCGGUCACAGCCCCAGGACUCACGGCCAUCAGGGCUUCUUCGAUUCGGCCACGUCGCCUCCGAUAUCUCCGCCAAUGUCGCCGGACAGCCCGCAACUCCGCCUCAGCUCUGUGAAUGAACUCGUGGCGUCCAUGCGGGGGUUUAAGCUGGCCAAGAUGCAAAUGAGCCCGCCAUCCUGGGUCGGAUCUCCCCGCGGACCUCUGAUCCGACCCGAUUUCUUCAGCCUGCCCUCCACUCCGACCCGGGGGCCCGGCCCGUUUGAUCUGUGGGAGCACUCGCUGGCGGAGGAGCCGGAAAUGGAGAGGGUGGAGUCAGGAAGGGACCUGAGGGCGAGAAUGUAUGCGAAGCUGAGUAAGGAGAACUCGAUGGGUCGUGUUGACCCGGCGGGGGUUUCGGGUCCUUAUGUAGACUGGGUUUCGGAGCUAGUGAGUGAGGGCUGAGACCUGACUGGAGUUGGUUUCAUUUUGUAAUUGUGGUUCAUUUUGCAAAUGGUUGAUUUGAACCAAACUGUGAUCAAGGAAGAACAAAGUAAGAAACCCAACAAAAGAACUUGGAAAUUUUGUGUUUUGUAGCAUGUACAGGUAAAAAAGAAAAAGGAAGAAGAUGGAUUUGUUGGGGCUGCCGAUGAAUUUGUUAGCGGUUGCUUUGAUGCUUAUUUUUGUAUCUAUGAAUUGUAAUAGAAUUUUCCUGUUCUAAUUUCUUGUUUGAAUAAGUUGUUCUUCAU